AUGUCACCGCUUAUGAAGACAGUCAAGGACAUAAAUGUUCUCAAAGAUGUUGUAAAAAAAGUUGAUAAGGCUUAUAAUCCAGCAGGCUAUAGAGUUAGUAUACCAAUAUCACCAAUUGGUACUCAAAAUCCAUCUCAUUUUUAUAUGCGAGUGGUUCCUAAAUACAAGAAGAAUUAUGGAAGUUUAGGAAUCAAAAGUGUAUUGGAAAAAAGUUUUGCUUCAGAAGUAGCUAAGGAUGCAAAAAAACUUUUUCAAGUAACAAAUGACAAUACUAUCAUUGCAGAAAAGAAUAACAUUAUUGCCAGAUUACACAUUGAAAUAGGAAAUAUAACCAUUUCUAUCAAAAAUCAUUUACCUAACAAUAUCAAUGUUGUGGAUCAAGAAACCUAA